UUUGAAGUUUCUCUUGCUUUUGUCUCUUUCUAUGCAACUUUUGAGAGGUUUGACUGUACUUUCAAGAACCAGGUGAUUGCUAAGGCGCAUUAUUCAAAUAAUAACAUGUAUAAAGCUUAUUAAAUUCCCUAACAAUUGUAAGAUUAUGACUUUUUAAAUCAUUAAGGCUGAAAUUAUCUGGAUGAAAUGGCCUUUGAAAUCAAAAUUAGGUUCCUUUAAAUAAUAAAAGCACAAAAACAUAAGCUCACAUGAAAGGUGAGUCUAGAUCUUGAGUAUAAUUAGAAGAUGAUUUCGUGCUUAAAAUAUGGUUUAUCUCCCUAAUCACUUUUAAAUCAAUUAAUUGAUGUAUUUUUACACAUAAAUACAUGAUAUGCAAUCCCAUGGUUCUUUGCAAACAUAUUAUCAAAAAUCACUCACUGACAAGGGAGGUGACCCACCUGGUACGAUUUGAUUCGGGAAAUUUCAUGAUGAAUCGAUGGAAAUAAGUUAAAAAAGAUGUUUGGCGAAGUCAUAGGACCUGCAAAUUUUCGCUUCAAUUUUUAUUCCAAUUUUAUGUCUAAUUCAGACCCAUUGUAAUGAACUGAAACUAUGAAAAAUUGCCAUUCUCAAGUUGAGACUAACAUUCAUUUUGUUUAGUUUGUUGUGCAAUGUCUUUGUUUUUGUCAUUUUCAAUUCAUUACAAUAGGUCUGAAUUAGACUUAAAAUUGGAAUAAAAAUUGAAGCGAAAAUUUGCAGGUCCUAUGACUUCGCCAAACAUCUUUUUUAACUUAUUUCCAUCGAUUCAUCAUGAAAUUUCCCGAAUCAAAUCGUACCAGGUGGGUCACCUCCCUUGUGAGAGUUCAUUUAUUGUUUAACGCAGAUCAAGAAUACGAAGCUUGUUCGAGCCUUUUAAACAGAGCGCUCUUUUGCAAAGAGUUUGCUAAAAGGCAUGAAUAUUGGUAAUGGCGCUAAAUGGUAACUUUUUAAACUAGAAAAUUUAGUGGAUCGUUUAAGCCCAAAGAGUAACUAUAGUAGUUAAACUACUCAUUGUUUAAGCUUCUUACUUUUCACUAAAUCAGCUUUCUAGAUUUGUUUACUUAUUUAAUGUAUGGCGAUUGGGCAGCCAUGCUCUGGACCCUCAGCAGAUGAAAUUAAAGCUCGGAUCCAGGCUCAGCUUGCUAGCAGGAUUGCUGCUUUGAGUCAAACCUUAGCUGCCUCUGACCUGUUGAGACGUACAUCUACCAUUGUACCUGGAACCAAAACCGUUUCAAAGCCUGCAACUCUAAUUCUGGACCACGAAGGCAGAACUGUUGAUAUUACUGGUAAAGAAGUUCAACUGACUCAUCGUAUGCCCACUUUAAAAGCAAAUAUUAGAGCUCAAAAAAAAGUACAAUUCAAAUUGACUCAAGAACGAACUCAGGCAGUCAGUAAAUUUUACGAUCCGCGGGUUGAAACCAAACCCACAGUUCGAGCAAAACGUAGUUUCGCAUUCCACGAACCCGGAAAAUUUGAGACUCUUGCUCAGAAAAUUCGUCAAAAAGCAAAAUUGGAAGUGUUGCAAGAAGAAAUAGCGAAAGUCGCUAUGAAAACUGGAAUUUCAUCUGCUGCACGACUCGCUAUAUUAAGUGGCAUUUCAUCAAAGAAAGAAAAUAAGGAAGACGAUAUUCCUGAAAUUGAAUGGUGGGAUAGUCUUUUGUUGAAAGACAGUAGUUAUGGAGCCUCAAUCAACAGCGAUAAGCCUCCGGAAGAAAAAUAUGAAGGUAUCACUUACCUUAUAGAACAUCCUAUGAAAAUGACACCACCUGGGGAACCUAACAAGGUGAUGCCACUACCAGUGUUUCUGACUAAAAAAGAACGCAAAAAAUUACGCCGUCAGAAUAGGAGAGAAGAAUACAAAGAGAAGCAAGAAAAGAUACGUUUAGGAUUGGAACCGCCGCCAGAACCAAAAGUGAAAAUGUCCAACAUGAUGAGAGUCUUACGAGAAGAAGCCAUCAACGAUCCUACUAAAGUAGCCGUUCAAGUUGGAGAACAGGUGGCUAAACGACAAAAGGCACACGAGGAAGCUAAUGCUGCUAGAAAAUUAACUUUUGAUCAAAAAAGACAAAAGAAAUUGAAGAAAGUGAAAGAAGACACAAGUUUAGGAGUUCAUGUGGCCGUUUAUCGUGUUUUAAAUUUAUCAAAUCCAGCCAAGAAAUUCAAAAUUGAGGUGAAUGCUAAACAACUUACGAUGACCGGUGUUAUCGUAUUAUUUAAAAAUGUAAAUGUUAUUGUUGUUGAAGGAGGACCUUCGCAACAGAGAAAGUUCAAAAAAUUGAUGCUUCAGCGAAUCAAAUGGAGCGAAGAAACUGUUUCAGAUGAAUCAGACUCUGAAAAGAAGAUUCAGAACAAAUGUCUAUUGAUCUGGGAGGGUAUGGUUAAGAAUAGAGCUUUCGGCGAAAUAAGAUUCAAAAAUAGUCCCAAUGAAAGUUUUGCCCGACAAUUUUUUAAAAAACAUUGUGUCCAACAUUAUUGGGAUUUAGCUUAUAGCUCAAUUUUAGACAAUUAACAUUGAAAUUAAAACUCACCAAUGUUUUAUUUAUGAGUAGACGAUGAUGAUUACUCAUAUGUAUGUUUGUUCUAAAGAAACUGAUAAAUAAAUUAUGCUCGUUGAAUGA